AUGUCGCACGUGGACAUGAUCAUCGUGCCCUCGUGCAUCGUGGGCUUGAUUGCGGCCUUCGCCCAGUUUUUGAUCAUCAAGAAGAUCUCCCUGACACCCAAUGGCCAGGACCUCUCGAAGCCGCUGACCGGGGAGGACUCCCCGGAGAAGCUGGUCCCUGAGAUCUACGCCAAGAUCAUGGACGGAGCCGUGCAGUUCCUGAAGGUGGAGUAUGCCAUUUGCACCGCCUUCUGCCUGGUCUUCUCGCUGGUCAUCUACUUCCUGGUGUCUUGGGGCACCAAGAGCCCCUUGCAGGGCGAAUUGACGGCUGGCGCCUUCUUGACAGGUGCAUUCACCUCCAUGCUGUGCGGCUACCUCGGCAUGAUGAUCGCCACCUUCUCCAACGCCCGCACCACCUUGGAGUGCGCCCACAAGGGCUACAAAGAGGGCUUCAACGUGGCCUUCCGCGGCGGCAGCGUCAUGGGCUACGCCCUGUGCUCGCUGGGCGUCUUGGUGCUUUGGGCGCUGCUGUCUUUCUACCGCAAGGUCUACCCGGAGGCGGAGGACUGGGAGAUCUUGUUCGACUGCGCGGCGGGCUACGGCUUGGGCGGCUCCACCGUGGCGAUGUUCGGCCGCGUGGGCGGCGGUAUCUACACCAAGGCGGCGGAUGUGGGUGCUGACCUGGUGGGCAAGGUUGUUGCUGGCCUGGAUGAGGAUGAUCCCAACAACCCCGCCACCAUCGCCGACAACGUGGGCGACAACGUGGGGGACAUCGCGGGCAUGGGCGCCGACCUUUUCGGCUCCUUCGCCGAGAGCACCUGCGCGGCCCUGGUGAUUGCAGCGGCAGCCGUGGAGGGCUCCGACAACACCUUGUCCGUGGCCGGCUGGGAUGCCAUGCUUUUCCCCGUGGCCAUCUCGGCCGCCGGCAUCGUGAUCUGCAUCCUUUGCGGCUUUGUGGCCACCAACGUGCGCCCAGUGAAGGUGGAGGGCGACAUCGAGUGGGUGCUGAAGGUGCAGAUGGUUCUGACAGCCUUGAUUAUGCUGCCGGUGAUCUAUUUGCUGGCGGUGCACCUGCUGCCCGCAGACUUCCGCCUGGAGGGUGUUCGCCUUACGGAGAAGGGAGUCCCGGCCAAGAUCCAUGGCAGCCCCUUCAAGGCCUUCGUGUGCGCGACCAUGGGAUGCGUGGGUGGCCUGAUUAUCGGUCUGGUCACAGAGUACUUCACUUCCCACUCCUACAUCCCCACCCGCGAGCUGGCCGCCGCGUGCAAGUUCGGCACGGCGGUGAACAUCAUCCAGGGCCUGGCGCUGGGCUACAAGAGCUGCAUCAUCCCCGUCUUCGUUUUGUCCUCCGCCAUCUUCGUGUCCUUCCAGCUCUGCGACCUCUACGGCAUCGCCCUGGCGGCACUGGGCAUGCUGGCCACUCUGAGCUGCGGACUCACCAUCGAUGGCUUCGGCCCCAUCUCCGACAACGCGGGCGGCAUCGCGGAGAUGGCCCUCUUCAACCCGGAGGUGCGGCGACGCACCGACGCCCUGGACGCCGCGGGCAACACCACGGCAGCCAUCGGCAAGGGUUUUGCCAUCGGCUCCGCGGCCCUGGUGUCGCUGGCUCUGUAUGGCGCCUUUGUGAUCCGCCUGCGGGUGAAGACGGGCGUCAACAUUCUGGAGCCUGUGACCUUCUCUUUCCUGAUCAUCGGCUGCAUGAUCCCGUACUGGUUCGCGGCCCUGACCAUGAAGUCGGUGGGCCAGGCGGCCGGAGAGAUGGUGGCCGAGGUGAAGCGCCAGUUCAGCGUCAAGGACUCCAAGGGAAAGACCCUGCUGGAGGGUAGCACAGAGUUGAAGCCGGACUCCAAGACCUGCAUUCACAUCUCCACCCAGGCCUCGCUGCGUGAGAUGGUGGCUCCGGCGUGCCUGGUGAUCCUCUCCCCCUUGUUGGCCGGUACCUUCUUCGGCGUGCAGGCCGUGUUCGGGCUGCUCACGGGAUCCCUGGGCUCCUCAGUGCAGCUGGCCAUCUCCAUGUCCAACUCCGGCGGAGCUUGGGACAACUGCAAGAAGUACAUCAAGAACGGCUUCUCCGACGAUGCAGAGCUGCGCUAUACCAAGAAUCCUAAGACUCCCGAGGAGAUCGCUGCGGCUCCCAAGGCCAAGGAGGCGCACGAUGCCGCGGUGCAGGGCGACACUGUCGGGGACCCCUUCAAGGACACCUCCGGCCCGGCCCUGAACAUCGUGAUGAAGCUGCAGGCUAUCGUCUCGCUGGUCUUCGCGGCGUACUUUGCAGCGAUCAACAACGGCCACGGCUUGCUGAAGGUGUAA